AUGGCUUUAACUCUGCGCUCUUCUACUUCUUUUAUCAAUCCUAAAGAUACCACCAAGUCCUUCAAAACCCCCGAUGACUUCCCGUGCACCCUCAGCUUCUCGAACCUGAAGCCCUCCUCCCGCCUCCGAGCAAGUGCAAAGGUCUCAUCCCGUGAGGCCCAAGCCCAGGCUCAAACAAAGGGGGAGAAACUGCAUGCACUUUCCACCCCACAUGGGACCGAUAAGAACAACAUGAAGGUCCCGGUAUUUGUGAUGCUGCCCCUUGACACAGUGACUAUGGCCGGGAACCUGAACAAGCCGAGGGCCAUGAAUGCAAGUUUGAUGGCCCUCAAGAGUGCAGGUGUGGAGGGGGUCAUGGUGGACGCGUGGUGGGGUCUUGUGGAGAAGGAUGGCCCCAUGAAAUACAACUGGGAAGGGUAUGCCGAGCUCAUCCAAAUGGUGGCUCGGCAUGGCUUGAAGCUCCAGGUGGUUAUGUCUUUUCAUCAGUGUGGUGGCAAUGUUGGAGAUUCUUGCAGUAUCCCGCUACCUCCAUGGGUGCUGGAAGAGAUCAGCAAGAACCCGGACCUUGUUUACACAGAUAGGUCAGGCCGAAGGAAUCCUGAGUACAUCUCCUUGGGCUGCGAUGCAUUGCCAGUGCUCCGAGGAAGAACCCCACUUCAGGUCUACAAAGAUUACAUGAGAAGCUUCAGGGACAGAUUUGCUGAUUAUCUGGGAACUGUAGUCGUGGAAAUCCAAGUGGGCAUGGGUCCGUGUGGGGAACUGAGAUAUCCAGCCUAUCCUGAAAGCAAUGGAACCUGGAAAUUUCCUGGAAUAGGGGAGUUCCAAUGCUAUGAUAAGUACAUGAGGGCUUCACUGCAAGCAUCAGCAGAGGCAAUUGGGCAGAAGGACUGGGGAAGAUCUGGACCCCAUGACUCGGGCCACUACAAUCAGUUUCCCGAGGACACAGGAUUUUUCAGAAGAGAUGGAACUUGGAACACUGAAUAUGGAAAAUUCUUCCUAGAAUGGUACUCCUCAAAGCUAUUGGAGCAUGGAGACAGAAUCCUUGCUGCAGCAAGUGGGAUAUUCCAAGGGACAGGAGCAAAACUGUCGGGAAAGGUGGCUGGUAUUCACUGGCAUUAUAGAACGAGAUCCCACGCAGCCGAACUGACGGCUGGGUACUAUAACACCAGAAACCGGGACGGCUAUGCACCGAUUGCACGGAUGAUGGGACAAUACGGGCUUGUACUGAACUUUACAUGUAUGGAAAUGAAGGACAGUGAGCAGCCUGAGCAUGCGUGUUGCUCUCCAGAAGGGUUAGUUCGGCAAGUGAAGAUGGCAGCCCGAGCUGCUGGAACAGAACUCGCCGGGGAGAACGCAUUAGAGAGAUACGAUGCAAGAGCAUUUGCUCAAGUCUUGGCGACGAGUAGAUCGGAAUCCGGCAAUGGACUAAGCGCAUUCACAUAUUUGAGGAUGAAUAAAAGAUUGUUCGAAGGUGAUAAUUGGCGCAAUUUGGUGGAGUUUGUCAAGAGCAUGUCCGAGGGAGGCCGAAACCCCCAUAUUUCAGAGCUGGACUCUGGCAGGACCGACCUCUAUGUUGGAUUUAUCAGAGAGAAAGCUGUGUCAAAAGUGAAGGAGGCGGCCCUCGUCUAGAAAGCAAAUGGCUGCAUGAUUAUUGUACAAUAGUUCACAUGUAUACAUAUCAUAUUUUGUGUAUGUAUAUAUAUAUAUAUAUAUAUAUAUAUUACUAGAGAGAAAAACAUACUGCAUAUACACCAAGAAGUUUUAGGCACGUCAUGCCUCUGAGAAACAGAAACACUGUAAGUAACGAGACGUCAUGUAAUUCUCAAGGUCAUCUGACCAUAAACGAAAGAGGAAUUAACAUCAACUUGAGGUCA